AUGAGUGUCAAGGAGGGUUCUCGUUUCGACUUCAUUAUUGUCGGCGGUGGCACGGCGGGUAACACCGUUGCCAUGCGUCUGGUGGAGAAUCCCGAUGUCAGAGUUCUAAUUAUUGAAGCUGGCGUUGGCAACGCAAUCGACAUUCCGGAGAUCAGGACUCCAUCUGGGGCAAUGGAACUCCGGAACAGCAAGUAUGACUGGGCAUACAAAACGACCAUGAUUAAGCGUGACGACUACGAGCGAGUGAAAAAGCCGAAUACCCGCGGCAAGAUCCUCGGUGGUAGUUCCUCGCUCAAUUACUUCACCUGGGCUCCUGGAAGCAAAGGAACAUUUGAUAUGUGGGAAGAAUUCGGCGGCAAAGACUGGACGUGGGACAACCUCAAACCCUAUCUUCGAAAGAGUGUCACUUAUCACGACGACACUGGCAUUCACCCACCUCACCUUACGAAUAUCGGCGGUGGAGGCCCUAUCCUGAUCGCUCAUUCUGAGCUUAUUCCCGAGAUGAGUCCCUUCCGUGAUCGUCUCACGCAGGCUUGGAAUGUCAACACUAUCUACAAGGGUCAACGCUCGGGAAGUUUCCUGUGUCUAGUGGGCAAGCCAAACAUCACUGUGAUGACCGAGACCCACUCCAAGUGUCUGAUCAUUGAUGAAUCAGACCAUACUUGCAAAGGUGUGACUGUGAUUACCAAAUCAAACAAUGAGCUUAGCCUCUACGUGACCCGCGAAGUGAUUGUUACCGAAGGUGUCUUCGAAAGUCCGAAACUGCUCAUGCUAAGCGGCAUCGGUCCGAAGCGUGAAUUGACAAGACACAACAUCGACGUGAUUAUCGAUUCUCCUCACGUGGGCAAGCAUCUGCUAGAUCACCCCGGCGUCCCGUUCGUCCUCCACGUUAAGGAUGACUUCGGCAUGGACGAGCACGUUCUACGAGAAGGUGCUAAGCGCGACAAGGCAAUCAUGGCCUACAAGGAAAACUUCGGUGGACCACUCGCAUCCGGCUUCCUCGAGAUGGUCGGCUUCCCUCGCAUCGAUGAGUAUCUCGAAAGAGACGCCGAUUACCGCAAGGCCAAGGCUGCCAACGGUGGCAAGGAUCCCUUCUGUCCGUAUGGCCAGCCGCACUUUGAGCUGGACUUUAAGGGCAAUUAUAUCACCGUGAUGGUCGAUCUUGUUCGGCCCAUUUCGGAGGGUGGUGAGGUGACACUGAACAGUGCCGAUGCCCUUCAGCAGCCGAAUAUCAAUCUGAACUACUUUAAUGAUGAGCUUGAUAUCAUUGCUAUUCGUGAGGGUAUUAGGUACAGCUAUGAUGUUUUGGUGAAGGGUGAGGGUUUCAAGGAUAUCAUUGAGGAGGAAUAUCCCUGGGAGAUGCCUCUGGACGAUGACGAGAUGAUGAAGAAGACGCAAGGUGUUGUCGAUCCUAUUCUCAAGGUUCAUGGUAUCAAGAAUCUGCGGGUUGCCGAUGCGUCUGUUAUGCCUGUCAUUCCUGAUUGCCGUAUUCAGAACUCAGUAUACAUGGUGGCUGAGAAGGGUGCUGAUCUGAUCAAGGCAGAUCACAAGGAUCUCUAA